UACCGCUGACACAAUCGAGGCCGACUUGUAAAAACGAAGUCGCAGACAAUAUUGAUCAGGAUCCAUUUAAACACAGCUUGUGUUUUAUCAAUUAGUUACUCUAGCAAGUCCUCAUGUUCGGAGUAAACGUGUUGCAUUAUUUACGCAAAUGAAAUGUAACUAUUACGAUCGUGGUAAUAGCUGAAACACUCGGAGGAGGAUUUUUAAAUGACGAAGAAUGACCUAGGGAAGUGUGAGUCUACGAGGAGGGAGAUGCAGCUUUGCGCAUGUGCUGGAGGAGCUGACUUUGGGGGUUUUGACAGGUGAAGCUGAGGAAACAUGGCCAAUGCUAUUUGUGUCCUUAAUGGCCACUUCAGUGUCUUUGGUGUUGUUCUCUUCAAGAUGGACAUAACUGGAUGUGUGAUUGUAAAAGGGGAAUUUACUGGACUGCCUCCUGGAAAGCAUGGCCUUCACAUUCACAGUUUUGGUGACCUAACCAAUGGUUGGAUCAGUGCAGGACCUCAUUACAAUCCAGACAAUGAAAUACAUGGUGCACCAGAAGAGAACAAGAGACAUGCAGGUGACCUGGGCAAUGUGGAGGUCGAUGAAGAUGGUUUGGCCAAGCUGGAUAUGAAGGUGCAGCAUUUCCAUUUGACUGGAGUUCAUUCUGUUAUUGGACGGUCUCUGGUGAUUCACCAGAAUGAAGAUGACCUUGGAAAAGGUGAUAAUGAAGAGAGCUUGACAACAGGAAAUACUGGAGAGGGUUUAGCUUGGGGAGUGAUAGGAAUUUGUCAGAGCGACAUUUUAGAUGAAACCUUAGAAGAAAAAUCUAACUAAUAAAGCUGAUAAUAGACAUUGCAAAGAGCUAUGUUUCCUUAUGAUCCAUUGGUAAAUGUUCCUUGCUGCAGAUGUGCA